AGUUGUUUUGGAUGGAGAGUGCCUGCUCCAGGAUUCAAUAAAGAGUGGACAUUGAUGCGUGCACAAAUGUCUCUAGGCCCCAUGGAAACCUGAAGGACGCCGCACCGCAGAUUCGCCUGAAGUGCUGCAGCUGUUUAUCGUUGCUACAGGUUCUUACCAACGACGUCUCUUGCAAGAGGCGUGGCUGACGCUGAGAUAACGACUAAAAUAGCCUUACUAGGACGUCUACGCACAGAUUAGUACGACUAGGAUCGCACCGUUGAUUCCUCGUAUGGCAUACACCUGAUUAACGGCUCCGCAUGUGGAUUCCUAUCCGUAGACGAAGCGACGAUGUCGAAUGUUAGCAAAGCGUUGGAAGGCCUCGAAGGAGAGGCGCGGUCACGCAAGAUUCAGGAGCUGUAUCCCCGAGAAUGGGCGAUAUUUCGCCAAAUUGAUGUGAACAGCGAUGGCUACGUGUGCGAGAGCGAGCUGGCCCUAAUGUGCCGCCAAGUAGGAAUACACCCUAUGGUGUCCAGGGACAUCGCACGCCAACUCUUCGCCGACGUGCUGCGAACCAAGAAUUACAGGGCUCGCCUUCAGAGUGCCUGCAAAGAGGAUUAUGAUCGCAGUGAUGUAGUUUUCCCCUUGAACUUUUGUGUACUAGCUCUAUACUUUUGUGUAGGCGUUGUUCGCUGGAGAUUUUUCUCAAAAAUGUGAUGGACCGUAUAUUUUCGUCACUGAUUACGCCCAAUGGAAAAUAGAUAUCCUUGGGAUGUCGCGUUUGCGACUAGGUGAAGUAGCUAGAAGAGACCACAUGCUAUAUUGAUUUUCUACAUCUUUGGAUGAUCUUCUACAUUCAUAUUAGUAUUGACGACGGAUUCUCAGGAAUGCGUCGAACUCUUUCCGACGGACUGUUCGGUGACACUGCAUCAUUAUGGACGCGUCGAAAACAUUUGUUAAAACUUCUUUUCAAGUGAGGAUGAGACGAACUGAAGUAGUACUGAUUGUUCAGAAGUGAAAAGUGAUUUCACCCUCCACCAUUUCUAAACCAGCCUCCCCUAGCAAGCGGCAGCCCCGACAAGAUCCCGCCACGGCUCAGUAGCAACGCUGCUGCAGUAUUGUCGCAGGGUAGUCCACAAAAUGCACGCGAGGGCUUCACGGCGAACGCGCCACCAGCUAGUGCCAGUAGCGGAAAUUCCUCGUCAGCAGAGGCUGAGGACGCUCCACGAGAUACGGUCAUAAGAGAGACCUUCAGAUUUCUCGCCAACGGAACUACAGCACAUUACACGACAAUCAUCACGGAGAACGAGACGGAGGACGGCAAAGAAAAAGCGCUCCCACACGUAAGAAGUUUACCUAAAUUUCGAGAUUUGUUAAUAUCUUCUUCACUUGGCCAAAAGUGGUGUUUCUGUUAGAUUAGGUUUCCAUUUCCCCCUACUUGCUAGUUCUAUUUUUUCUUCUCACCGAAAAAAAAAUCGAAAAUUCUACAUAGGCUCGAAGUUCAGCGAGCAGCAGCUCUCUGCUGGAAAAUGAACCUGGUGUUUGCUUCGAAGAUAUGCUCGAAAUGUUCGACGAAAUUUAUGCAGUGAGGCGUAUGGCAAGAGAAAAGCAAUGGAAACGAACUAUAGGAAUCGGAGUAGCGGGAAACGUUGCUGGCCAUAUGGAACAGGCAGGUGAAGCGGAUAAGACUCCCACGAAACAAGAGGAACAGGUAAUAAAUUUUCUAGGUCGUAGUUGCUAUUCUACUAAUGUCGUAUAUCGUCUGAACGAGUUGUCUUCGACUGACUCGAGCGCCUGAUCCCGCUCUGACAUUGGGUCGUUGUGUUUCUCAUGCAGCACAUUAGAAUAAAAAGUGGUUGUCCUGGCCAACUGCUGUUGACAAUAUCUUUGUGGUUCCACACAGGUGAAAACGCCGGCUGCUAUUUUCGCUUUCUAUUUGCCGGACGGGUCGACUCAGCGAGAAAUUCUAGAAACAAAUUCGACUACUGCAACUCGCAGCGUGCUUGAGCGGUUCGGGUUCACGGUGUCGCGACGGAUUCAGACGUUGCGGGACGUCUCUCCAAGAAAAACGUCAACGGAUCCCUCCUUGCGAAAAGCCCGCAUCAGUGCUGACUCGUUGGAUACCAAGCACCCGCAGUCACCAACCUCGUUUCAACCGUUAAGUCUUUUAUCUAAUAAUUUCUUGUCUUCAAGAACUGAGAACUUUGUUGAUUGUUCUUAGGAUAUUCUGAUUCUGUACUACAGGUCACAACUUGUUGUGCAUCUAUGUUCACGGGUUAUAGCGGAGGUCAAUGUCAUCAUGCCUGGAGAAGUGUCAGGGAGCCGUCUUAAGCUCUAAGUCCUGACCGUCGAACAACAGUGGACGCUUUGCAAGACAAGGAAACCGACUCACCGAGGAGCUCCAAAGAGUCACUAGCGAGUUUGGAUCGACAAGAAAGCACCGACAUUACACAUUUAAGGCCAGGGAGUGAGGGAAUGAGUAACGGCUGCCUCUUCUUCUCUGAUCAUUUUGACGACUACGCCAAUGGGCGUUUACUACAUCACGGUUAAUGGACGACGAGAGUUGCACCAGAGAAGCUCCAGCUUUAUUCAAAUUGGUUUUUUUUGUCUUUAAGAAAAAGCCAAAACUUGGACGAUGCCAGGACACGGGAAGACUAUGACGCUUUAGACGCGUUGGACGACGACGACGAGGAGCCCGACAUUCCAGCCCUGGUGAACACGGCGAAAAAAUCAAUUAGCAACUUGGAACGAAUGCUGGAGAGGCAGGAACUGCGAAGAGGCAGUAAGUCUUUGGGAGAGGCGCUAGAACGUCUCACACGCUUUCCUGUCACUAACGCGGUCAUCUCGUAUCCCCACGACGGCGGCAAUGUGCAGGUGCAUGAACAACCUACUCAAUAAGUACUUCAAAGCUGCGAUAUCAUGAAACGGAUUUUUUUGGCUUGUUUUGGAUCAUCUAUUGCAGGACUUCAAAUUCAAAAUUUCAAAAUCAAAACUUCAAGUCUGUUUUCUAGCAACAGCUGCCACGACUAGACACUCAUCGUAGAUGUUAUUUGCAUACUUCCAAUCUUUCUGCUCGCCCGCUCCAGGUCGAACCCGAGGUUGCUUUGUAUUGCGACAUCUGGUACAACACGUCGGGCGAUCCAGUCUACCGUAGUUCUAAAGCGAGUCCCGCUAAGAAGAAACAACGGCCGGUGACAGUAGAACGACUCGUGCCUCGAAAGAUCGCUGCUUUCAACGAUUGCUCUAUUCGUCAACUUGACGGCAGCACGAAGUUGUCCGAAAAGAAGAACUGGGGACACGGAUCCAAACUAUGCUGUUAAUGUUCUGCAUUUUCUCUAUGUAGGAUGAGAUAUUGGAAGCGCACGAAAAUAGAAGUUCGACUACUUUCUUCAUCCUUGUCUUGUUCGCACUCUGUAUAGCAGGUACACGCUAACAUCGAUCAUGAUAAAUCUGACCUCUAAUACCUGGCAUCUCGUUGAAUAGUUUUCGACUGCAGGAUCCGGACAAGGAUUUUUCGCCAGAGGGCUUAGCACAACGCCUGGUUUUGGUAAGCUAUGUCAAACGUGGUUCGCAGAUACACCUCUAUACGCACCCUGCCCCUGCACGGAAUUACCUUCUCUAUUACAAGCCCCUGCUCGCGUGGAUCACGGAACAGAUGAACUUUCAGGGCGACCAAGACAAGUGGGAGGUAGUUAGGUUUUUUUUUGGAAAUACGCGAUACAUAAUUUUUCGAUAAUUGCGGAUCAAGUAAGUUCUACUUAUGCAAAAAGUCAUGAAAACUUUUCAUAAAACAAGGAUGUAAACGAGCUUCUUGAAGCGUCGGAGUACCCGAUGUCGUGCUGGAUCGCAUUGGGCGCUGGAGAAUACACCGAAUGGGGCCAGAAGAAUUUCAUGCGGCCGCAAGACGAGGCAGUAGUGAUUGUAUAUGACGAGGAGUUUUUUCCAGCGGGACCGUCAGAAAUGAAGAUCAGACAACUUUUCGAUGACUAUGGCCACGUCGAGGUCCGCGGCCUCGUGGCACUUCACCAAACCUUCGUCGACGAGUCUCAGUGAAGCAAAAUAUGAACAAUUUUUCCUAUUUUGUGAUGGAAAACGCUUUUGUGCGUCCGCAAAAGAAUUUGUGCAGGGUAGACGGAGAUUUAAAAUGCUGCAGCGGGCAUUAUGGAUGCGCAAUACGUCCAAUCAGGGCAAACUAUUGAAUUUUGUAUUUUUAUUUUUUUGUCAUGAAAUUUUCUAUUUAUAGGUAAAAUCAUCAUCAUCAUCAUCAUUGUUAAAAACAUAGACAGUGACAAUCCAGGCAUGGUACUCAAACAGUGUUGCUUCAUCUCAUACGCCAUCAAAAGCUAAAAGAUAUUCUCGUACACAGGUUCACAAGAUGAAUUAUCAGGCUGCUUUUUCUCGAUUCAUUCAUUUGUCAUACAUAGCACUAGUCGCAAACUUUCAAACACAUCGCAAUGAGACCUAGCUAAUCAUACUCACGAUCUAUCUUAUUUUUUUUUCGCGUAACAGGACUAUUAUUUAGAAGGAGGUUGUUCUUAUCACUCGUACAUGGCUACACGACUCCUCGGGCAGCGUUGCUGCAAAGGGUAUGGAGAUAGCCAUCAGCAUGUUGCCAUAAAUGUACCUUGGAUGUCAAUAUGAUUUUCAUCAAUUUCUAGAACUUCCAUUCUAGUGUCAGACUUUUGGAGCAUCAUUUUUUGUGUACAGAGGCACGCAAUGUACAGUACAGUGAAAAGGAAAGAUUAAGAUGUUUUUACCUAGUUCUAGAAUUUGGAGAAUGAAUUUGGCUAGAUCAUCAUCCGAUCUUAGUUCUUGAAUUCCUCUAUGCCUUUACGGGAUCGUUGACUGGGAUGGCAUUGUCCACUCUUCUCUGACACCGUAAAAGGCAGGGGGCUUAGGGUACGAGGCUAGAACUUCUUAGUACUUAUGCUUAGUACUUAUGUAAUGUACCUGUCAUGGGUAGCGUAUAACACUGUUGUAAAUAUUCUACUAUAUAUAAGAAAAUGUGAAGUGUAAAUACAAUCGACAACAGCUUAGUUGACAUCUUGAGGGGUAAUUUUUAUGCCGUUGGUAGACGGUAUUACUGCUCGGGUAAUUUGCAUCAAAACUAAAGUUCAGCUCGUGGAAGGCGCGUUGGGAUUCGCGCUUGGCCUAAUAGUGUACAGAAGAUGUGCUCCGUUAUACAGGGACGCACGCCCCCCCUGUAUAUGGUAGUUCAUCAGCGGACUAGGUGACAAUAUUUCCCUGACUGACUGCUCGGAGGGUGUAGGUUCUCCCUGUGGGCGGCGAAUAAUUUCCUAUCCUAUUGUUCUAUUGGUCAUUGCCAACACGUCAGCGCCGCCUUCUUAUUGAGCAAGAGCAGCCGCGUGCGAGGAUAUCUUGGUGUGCGUGCUGUACCAAUGUCACGCUGACACUAGUAGCCAGUACAACCACAAAUGGUUCGAGCUAAUGAUGUAAAGAAUCCUUUCAGCAUGAAUGCUAAUCGAGGAUCGAGCCAGCAACAAGCACAGGUUGCUGAAAAUGGGCUGCGGGAGAGCAGCAGCAACACAAGGG